UUGGGAAUCGGCUCCCAGGUCAAAAUAACGUAGUAGUAAAGCUUGUUAGGAUUGAACGGCGUGUCGCAGUUGAUGUUGUGGUGAAGUUUAUAAUUUUUUAAGGAUCCUGGCAUUAACAAAUAGGCGGGUGUCUGAGUCUUCGUGGUGGUUUGUAAUGUAUGAAUGGAUAGUUGAUGGACUGUCGUCGUUGUUUGUUCCGUUUUCCGUGUUUUCUGGAGGGAAUUCUCCGAGCUGGCCUACAGACGGUAACCCGCCGCCACCACCACCACGAGACGCAGUCACUACAGAAACGCAACAACAGGAAAAUUACCGUCCUGCCAAACGAAACUAUCAGAGUGUCCACUCUCCUGAUGGUGUAUCAGAGCACCUGGAAAUCAAAAGACCGAGACGAGAUGUGAUCGUCCGAGUUGUCAAGAAGACUUUCGCCGGGAUCGCAGGGCUGCUCCGUUUGCGACAACGCAAGCCUUGCCGUUAUGAAAAAGAGAGAGAUUGUAGAGGAACGCAGAUCGGACAUGUUGCUCUAGUGGGAAUUGACGAAAUUCACAGCAACGGCCUAAAUAAGUGGACGAUUGGUGGGGAUGUUAAAAUGGAGAAACCAAGAGAAAUGGGGCUGAGUGGUAAAGAGAAGAGUGUGCCAAACUUCUGCGUAGGUGCCCAGCCACCGAUGAGGAAACCUGAAAGCGGAUCGUUGUUAUUUAUGGGAAAUCAGGACAGGCAGAGAGAGCGUCCACACAGGAGGUCACUGCACCUGCUGCCGUCACGCCCUGUCCUCCCUGAGACUGGUCCAGCCGGCCGUGCACACAAACCCUGCCUCGCCGUGGAGGAGGUAGGGUACACGAGGCAGACAAAAACCGCCCUGAAGGAAAGCGACAGAGAGCAUUACAGAAAGCUGGUGGAGAUGGUGUCUGAGAAGUACUCAAAGAAUAAGCCAUUGCCGUUUGGACGAGUGAAACCGGCAAUCACAACUUUUCCUCAUGGCCGUACUACUCCUGAAAUCAGCAAACCUACACCAAUCAAAGUAAACCCUCAUGCACCAGUGUGGAGGAAUUCCACUUUAAUAAACCAUAUAAAGGACAGUGUACCAGUCAGUGACGUUGGGAGGAAGAAACCAGACCAACCUUCAAAUAAAAACAGGCCGUUAGACGUGGAUCUGUCCGUCGAGGUAGAAACCCGGCUGAACCUGAAGGACAGAGAGACUGCUGCAGUGUGCCAGUCAGCGCUUCAGAGCCGCUCCGAACCGCUUUUUGAUCCAGGGAAGCACCUGGAGGAGGAGUUUCCCAGACUGACCAAGGAGAUGCAGCAGGAGGUGAGUGCUGCUCUUGCACAGAGAGAUCCUGACUUAAUCCUGAGCAGCGCUUUCAAACUGCGCAUCACACAGAGAGAUCUGGUAACCCUGCAGGAGGGAAGCUGGCUCAAUGACGAGGUGAUCAAUUUCUACCUUAACUUGGUGAUGGCACGGACAGAGCAGGAAGUGGGCGGGAGGAAGGUGUACUGCUUCAGCACCUUCUUCUUCCCUAAGCUGCAUGGCGGCGGUCACGCUGCUGUGCGCCGCUGGACCAAGGCUGUCGAUCUCUUCCUCUACGACAUCAUCCUCAUCCCCCUGCACCUAGGGGUCCACUGGUCUCUCGCCGUUGUUGACUUCAGAGCGAAGUCUGUGAGGUCGUAUGACUCCAUGGGUCAGAGGCAUGAUGACAUCUGUAACCUGAUACUGAUGUACAUGAAGGAGGAGUACGAGGUCAAAAAAGGCAAAGAUCUUGAAAUCUUAAAGUGGACAGUGACUAGCUUGCGAGCCACUGAAGUUCCUCAGCAAAAGAACGGAAGUGACUGCGGAGUGUUCGUGUGCAAGUAUGCUGACUACAUCGCACGUGGACGUCCCUUUACCUUUAGACAGUGUCACAUGCCGUAUUUCCGUAAAGUGAUGAUCUGGGAGAUUCUGAAUCAGAAGCUGCUACAGCAGUAGGAGGAGGGGGAAAAAAUAAUAAAUGAACUAAACUUGUCCUGACCAAAGCACCAGACCACACAACGUUCAUCCUCCACGUUUCUCUACAGACGUCUGCUUCUGUUCUACCCUCAAACCCGUCCGGUUUGUUUAGACGGGCGAUGGUGUUUAAAUCACAGGGGUGUGUGUGGAUUCAGAGGGAUGAAGGUUUGUGUUAGAUGGUGAGUCACAUAAUCAGUACAUGGAAGUUUUUGUUCUAACUGCUUUGUUAAUGAAGCAUUUGUCAUUCCUAGAAUUGUCUUAUCACCCCUAGGGGUGUGUGCGUGUGCAUGUGUAUAAGGUUGUUGUGCUCCUUCUCUUGACUUUGAGGUGUGAUUAAAGGAGUAUUUGAAUGUACACUAAUGUAAGAAGUGCAGGGCAGUCUUUUUUCUCUUUUUUUUUUUUUUUUUUUUUUUUAAAGCAGGGCCCGUCAAUUUUUUCCCUCAAGUGUGCUGAACCUAUUGUAUUAUUAUUAUUAUUAUUAUUAUUAUUAUUAUUUUUUAUUUUUUAUUUUUUUAUUAUUAUUAUUGUUAUUUUUUAAACCACCAAUUUUGAACAAGGGGGGGCGGGAGAAAGGAAGAAAAUUGUGUACUUAUUCACACGAGAGUGUGAGUCUUAAUACAAUUGGAUGUAAAAAUGUUAUUUUUUCUUUCCCAGCAACCACAGAUAAUGACUGAAGUGAAUGUAUGUGAGAAUUGACAGUACCUGAGCUGCCGAUUGCAGUGAAAGCAGCAGUAUUUAUUGCGUGUGGUUGAGUCCAGAGUGCCUUGAUGAUGGCUUUUUGUCCGCAUUUUUUUUCUUUUUUCUAAAUCUACAGGAGUCAAAUAGAUUUACUAAAAUACACUACUUGAGUGCUACUGGAGGUGUGUGUGUGUGUGUGUGUUUGCUUGAAAUGAGACAUUACAGAGGUAUGUACAAUAUGAUAAAGCGGAUACCUGUUUUUAUAUAUUCGACUUGGAUGAUAUGCUAUAUUUGUAAUGCAAGUAUUGUUUUGUUUUUUUUUCCAAACUGGAAGUGUAAUGAAUGCCAAACAGACAUGGUUAUGGUUUUAGUUCUCUAAUAGUGCAUGGUCAAGGAAAGCCCUUUAAAAGGAGCAACAAGUAGCAUUAUUUAUCUCUGGCCUGCCAAUUGUAUUAUUGCAUUACGAGAAACAUUUUUUUUUCUUUUCUUUUCUUUUUUCUUUUAUCCCCUUCCUCCCACCUUCCAAAAACAUGCCAGUAGGUGGAUUGAUGAUGCUAAAUUGCCUCAAGGUGUAAACGUAUGUGUGCGCAUGGUGUCCUGCAAUGUACUGGCGUCCUAUUCAGAGUGUUUUGUCCUGCUUCGCUCGCAGUAUUCCCGGGAUAGACUCCGGAUCCGGAGAUACCAUGUCCCCGAUCCGGUUUACUGAAGAUGUAUGAAUGAAUCAGUAUAUUUGUUUAAUGUCUGGCUGUUGCAGAAUCCAUAUUCAGCAACAUUUUCAUGACCAUCAUCUCUCACCACCUUGCAACAUUCCUUGUUCUCUGUGUGCGAUGUUCUUUAAUCCAGAUAUUUCAGAUUUUAUCGAAAAUCUUUGCUCCUUUUUGCUCCUUUCUUCUCUAAUGCAAACUUUUAUCUAUGACCUGACACUUUUGUUUGUUUAAGCUGGAUUAUUAGUGUUAUCUGACUUGUUCGUGUGUUUGUGAUGUGUAAGAUUGAGGAGUGUGUGUGGUUUAUACAUUUAACUGAGAUUUCGAGGCCUACUGUAUAUGCGCUGUUCUUUUUUUUUUGUUGUUCAUGCAGAAUGUUGUUGUUUAUUUUUAUAAAGAAUAAAGUGCUGGAGGGAAAACAUUG